GAAGCAGCUAACUCAUAACAAACCCGUGAGAUUACUGGUUAUAACCUCCAAAAAUAUAUAACUGAAUCUAACUGGAAUGAACAGCAGGAUGAUGAACUCUUUCAUUUUAUUUCUUGUGUGCGGUGUGUUUGGUGAUGAAGUGAAGAUUACAGUGAUGGAGGGAGAUUCUGUUACUCUACACACUGAUCUGACUGAUAUGAGCAGAGUUAUAUGGAUAAUGUGGACGGUUGAAGAAGACGACUUUGUUAAAGUUAUACUUGUAAUAUCUGAUGGUAUAAUAAAUAAAGAUUUUGAUGAUGAGAGAUUCAGAGACAGACUGCAGAUAGAUAAGACUGGAGACCUCACCAUCAAAAACCUUAGACACAAACACUCCGGACGAUAUGAAGCAGAGAUCAUUGCCGCCACUGAAACAACAUACAAGAGAUUCAGAGUUUCUGUUCUUGAUGCUCCACAUGGUAUCGGUGCUGGUGCAUGUGAUGUGAAGUCAGUGUCAGUGAUGGAAGGAGAUUCUGUGACUCUACACACUGAUGUUCAAACACAGAGAGAUGAUCUGAUUCUGUGGAGGUUUGGAGAUGAUGGUGUUCUCAUAGCUAAAGAUGAUAAAGAAGACAAUAAGAGCUCAAUAUAUGAUGAUAUUCUUGAUGGGAGAUUCAGAGACAGACUGAAGUUGGACGAUCAGACCGGAUCUCUCAUCAUCAGUCAUGUCAAAAACACAGACGCUGGAAUUUAUAAACUGAAGAUCAGCAGCAACAACAGACAGACACAAUAUAAGUCAUUCAGUGUUUCAUUCAACAAUAUCCACUGUUGUGACACUGUUGAAGCUGUGACGCGAUUGGUCGUCACUGCAGUUAUGGGCAUGGCCGCUGUGGCUGCUGUGAUUGUUCUGGGUUAUGACAUCAGAUCCAGAAGAGAUGAGCACAAGAGAAAAUCUGAUGGAUGACAUUCUACAACAUCAGUAUUAUGUUUAUAAGCUUUCGCUUAUAAACUCUCUCUACUUCUGGAGGUGGAAUAUCAGGACACAAACACAUAGAGAUGUGUCGUCAACAAUCCCUUCACAAACGAACCACACACAACAUUUACACAUCAAGCUUUGAUCCAAUUGCCUGUGGCUGGUGUGAUUGGCUGUGAGUUGUGACAUCAGAUCCAGAAGAGAAAAUCACAGACAUCACCACCAGCAACAACUGAACAAUAAGGUUCCACAGCAACACUUAACUUUUGACAUUUAUUGGUUUCUGUCUCCUUUUUUAUUUUAAAAUGUUCAAUUCAACAUCUAAUGUCUAAAUUAAAACCUGAGAUUUAAAACUUUAAAGCUUUCCUGUAGCUCAGUGGUAAGAGGUGUGGGUUGGAUCCCAGGGGAUUGCACAUACAUAAGUAUAAAUGUAUAGGUUACUGCAAAGUAAGUCGCUUUGGAUAAAAGCGUCUGCCAAAUGCAUAAAUGUAAAUGUAAAACACCUUAAAAUUACAGUUUAUGAUUUUAAAGCAGGCACUUCAAACAUUUUACUCAAUUCGUGACCAUUGCAGCUCUGCCAAUUUUUAUUAUUAUAAUAGAGCUUAAUAUUCAAACUAAAGCAGAUAAAAGCUGUAAACACUUGUUAGGUUUCGCAUAUCAACAUCAUUUUGUAUCUGUGUUUGAAGUUAACACUUUAUUUGUUAUAAACUUUUUUGAGUGACUAUGUAUUGUUGGUGUUGCCGGCUUGUUUAAUAGUUCAUUGGCCCCAUUCUCUUCAUUUUUAUUCAAUACUGUAAAAACAUACAGAUUAUCAUAUGUGUUAAUAGAUCAAUAGAAUGAUUUUAACAUUUGUUGUAUGACUGUAAGAAAUUUAUGUUGUACAACAAAACAUCAUUGUGACAAAAACCUAAUAAUCCACUAUAUGUGUUACAUUGAAUUUACAUUGUGUUACACAUUGUGCAUUAAAUUAAAGCAGCAAUUUCUAAAAUUUUUGUUUUGUUUCUUAUUAUUGACUGUGUUUAAAGUGAGUAAUACUUUGAUCAGCACUAUUAAAACUGACCUCGGUUAGAAAC